GAGGACUUCCUGUCCCAGCUGCAGCGCGUGAGCAGGAAGCUCGCCGGCAGGGACGACGAGGCGUCGUCGGGGGGCCAGACGGAACCGCCUUGCGGCCUCGAGGGCUUCCUGGCGCGGUUGCCGCCAGAGGACGCGGUGGAGCUGGCGCGACCGGCGCCGAGCCCCCCCGCCGCCGCCGCUUCUCUCGUGGGCUGGCGCACAGCCGCAGCACUCCGGUGGCCGCGGGGGUGCGGGCACCACCCCCCGUCGCUGCGGCACCUCGUCCUGUCCGAGGCGAAAGAGGGCAGCGAGUGGCCACAGCUCUGGGCGGGGACUGGCGCCGAGGAGCCGAGGGAGCGCAGCGCCGCGGAAGGCGAGGAUCGGACGCGGCAGGCAGACGGGGACAAGUGCUCCACGAGCGGCAGUCUUCAGGGCAGUGCAGCACCUCUCCUUCCGAGACAUCUGGGGCACGUGCAGCAGGAUGCCGCAGGCAUCACGCGAGGCAGCGUCGAGCAGGACGUGUACGCAGCCAGACCCUGGAAGUUGAAAACGCUAGAUGAGACCUGGGCGAACAUGAUACUCAGUGCCGCAUGCUUUGCACUGGCUGCCUCUAGCGUGCAGCUGAGCAAGAUGGAGGGGUUGGUGGGCCCUCUGCCAGUGUCCGCGAAAGCGUGUUGCGCAGACCACGUGCGCGACUCGUGA